CUCUGUGCAGGGAAGGAGGGUGGGGAAGGGAGGUGUCUCUGGCCCUCCCUCCGCCUCAGUGGGGCACCGGGGCACCUUGUCUUCCACCCUUUGUUCCCUACAGCGCCCGCCUGGCUCCCUGGCCGCAGCCUGGCCCUCCAGGAGCUUCCUGCAAUAGAAUUCAGCAAGGAGGGCUGGACAGGAUAGGGUUCGACCCCACAGGCCCACGCGGGGGUGGGGAACCCUUGUUUUCUGCAGUUCCCCAGACAGCGCCAGACUCAAGGUUUCCGGGCCUGGUGUCCCUCCACGCGUGCUCCCCGUUUCGCACGCAGAGGUGGGCACAGCCGGUGAGAGGGUAGUCAGGGCUCAAGACUGAAAUUCUGAUCUCUUGCACCUCGCGGCGCGCGGGGAGACCCCGAGGUCGCCGGGGCAUGUGUCCCGCCUGUUCUCUCUGGGCCCAUGGCUGCCGGGGACCCGGUCUGUGGUCCUUCUCGUCUGACACCCUCCCCCUCAGGUUUGGGCACCUGUGCCCGGGCAAGGCUGGCGCCGCCCCUCGGCGUCGGCGCGCGCUCCUCGCUGCGCCCUGGCGCCCUGGCGCCCCCAAGACAGCGGCGUGGCGCGGCCGCCCCGGCGGGACUGUACCCGCGCCGCCCUGCUCCCCGGGCCGGCGCUGCGGGCGGCGCGGGGCGGGGCGCGGCCGGGGCUCCGGGAGCCGACGCCGCGGGGCGCGGGCGCCGCCGGAAGCGGGCGGGGCGCGGGCGGGAUGCGGUGAAGGGCGAGCGGCGCGGCGCGGCGGCGGCGGCGAUGAGUGCUUCUGCAGCCACCGGGGUCUUCGUGCUGUCCCUCUCGGCCAUCCCGGUCACCUAUGUCUUCAACCACCUGGCAGCCCAGCGCGACUCCUGGACAAUCGUAGGGGUGGCUGCUCUCAUCCUGCUCCUGGUGGCCCUGCUGGCUCGCGUCCUCGUCAAACGAAAGCCGCCCAGGGACCCGCUCUUCUAUGUGUAUGCAGUUUUCGGAUUUACCAGCGUGGUGAACCUCAUCAUCGGACUAGAGCAAGAUGGAAUCAUCGAUGGCUUCAUGACUUACUACCUGAGAGAGGGUGAACCGUACCUGAACACCGCCUACGGCCACAUGAUCUGCUACUGGGACGGCUCAGCCCAUUACCUGAUGUACCUAGUGAUGGUGGCCGCCAUCGCCUGGGAGGAAGGUUACAGAACCGUUGGCCUGUAUUGGGUUGGCUCUAUUCUCAUGAGCAUUGUUGUGUUUGUGCCUGGAAACAUUGUAGGGAAGUAUGGAACCCGAAUUUGCCCUGCUUUUUUCUUAAGCAUACCAUACACUUGUCUUCCCAUCUGGGCUGGCUUCAGAAUUUAUAAUCAGCCAGGAGAGCCUUGUAAUUACCCCUCCAAGGUCGUGCAAGAAGCACAAGCGAAGGACCUACUGCGAAGACCGCUGGACCUCGUGCUGGUCGCAUGUCUCCUACUGGCCACUGGCUUCUGCCUCUUCAGAGGCCUGAUCGCCUUGGACUGCCCGGCUGAGUUCUGCCGGAUGUACACUCAGUUCCAAGAGCCCUACCUCAAGGACCCCGCCGCAUACCCCAAGAUUCAGAUGUUGGCGUACCUGUUCUAUUCUGUCCCGUACUUCGUGAUGGCGCUGUAUGGCUUGCUGGUUCCUGGCUGCUCCUGGAUGCCUGACCUCACGCUGCUGCACGCUGGAGGCGUUGCUCAGGCUCAGUUUUCUCACAUUGGUGCUUCUCUUCAUGCUAGAACUGCUUAUGUCUACAGAGUCCCCGAAGAAGCAAAACUUCUUUUUUUAGCAUUAAACAUAGCAUACGGAGUUCUUCCUCAGCUCCUGGCCUACCGGUGCAUCUACAAACCCGAGUUCUUCAUAAAAACAAAGGCAGAUGAGAAAGUGGAAUAAAAAGACGCCCGGCUUGACAUUCUUCCUCUGCUCCCUGAUUUUUGUUACCCUGGUACUUUGUCCCAUGGUGUUCUCCCUUCAUUCCCGAAUACUUAAGACUACACAAAUUAAAAAAAAAAAGUAAACUCCUGCUCUGUACUUUAUGCCUGAACUAUAUGACGUGGUAUUUUGUAGGUAAAUUUUUCUUUGAAGGGAGAUUCAAGUUGUUGAGAAAGUUUGUUUAAAGAAAUAUAUUUGAAAUUAUUUAUGAAUGAAUGACCGUUUAUCUCAAUGCUCUGUUUGCUAAUAAAUAGCUGUCAAGUGUGGAACGCUACAAUCUAAUCACCUACAAUAGUGAGCAUGAAAAUGAAACUACUCAAAAGUGAGUAUGAUCCAUGCAUAUAAAAAGUUCAGACUAGCCAAUGCAGGUUGGAGAGACAACUAUUUACCAGACAUACACGCCUUAUCAUGAACCUCAAUUUGCAGGUCAAAUCAUCAGAAUAUUUCACAAAUGUUUGGAAAAUGUUUUCCCAGGGAAAGUUCAAAAUUGGCUUUUACUAGUUUGUGUGUGUGUGUAUGUAUGUAUGUGUGUGAAUCUAAGUAGCUAAAGAGAGAGUAACUUUACCACUACCUUUAAUUAACAUUGGUUUUACUGGUGGCUGGAAAUGUUUAUAUUAUAUUUCUGUGUGUAUUUUUAAUAAAAUUAUUUUUGGCCUUUU